AUGCCCCAUACAUUUUUCAGUCUAAAAGGAUUACAGAUUUCAAAUAAGAACAUUCAAUACUGGAGGACAGGCAUCAUGAUCAACCAUGACCAGGGAUACGUGGUAGUAGAAGAGGUUGAGUGUUGCACUUUUGAGAGGUGGGUGAUGGGUGAUUUAUCUUCAAAACUAUCUAAUGUAAAAUGUUUUGAGGCCACCAAAAUUGUUUUAUAUUACUGCAAUCUUAAAUUAUAGAUGGCAUUAGAUAAUACUUUCAUUUAGUAAAAGAAUGUCUUAAGUCAUUUUAAAUUCUAUUAAAUUGCACAUAAAUUUAAGGAAAUAGUAGAGCUAGGUAUGUGGAAGCUUGAAUCAAAAGAGAGGACAAGCUUCCACAUACCUUGUUCUACUGUUUCCCGGUCCUUCAUUUAUUAACAUAUACUUAAGACCAACUGCUAUUCUCUUUGGUCUUCCAUUGUAUUAUUAAAACGUUAAGUGUGCAAGUGUAAAUAUUUUAAAGAAUUUCCUUUUUAUAGGUUAAUUAAAUUAAGGUUUAAUUUAAUAUUUAUUUUAUAUUAAUAAUAAGAGCAAUCGGGCUGAUGUUAAGUUCUUUAUUAAUGUAAGGUAUAUUUUGUUCAGCUUACAACAUUUUUUUGAACAUGUCUCUAGAGAUGGGAAAGGUGAACCAGGAAUUCUAGUGACUGUUCAAACGACAGGUAGUGAUGAAGUUGACAGUCACCUGGCCAAUCUGAAGAAGCUUUCAGUCAUUGGUAUUGUGAGGGAUGAACUUGAGGAGAUUCUAGAGAUAUUCUAUCCAAGUUAGUGCUGAUAUUCAGUUACUGCUCUCUAUUGUGAAAUAAUCAUUCAAUGUUUUUUUUUUAAAAACCGUCACAAACUCAACUGAGCGAGGUAUACUUGAUAGCUUCAUUAAGAUUUCAUUGUAAUAAUAAUAAACAUUUUGAAUGGAAAAGCGGUGCAGCCACAGGUAGUCUAUGGAGUGUUUUGAGUUGAAUAAUGAAUUGAGACACCAGUGAACAAGAUUGUGCCAAGAUUUAAAAAGAGUCCAAGAUGAUUACCAUCCCUGUUUGACAGAUUUUGGUGUAGCUUCUUAUGGGCAUAGUAGUUAUUUUAAAAGAGUAGCCCCAAAGAAGGCAGGCUAUAAUUAGAUCACAAGCAUACCCCUAUUGUCUAAUCUGCCAAAUAAAAGACAUGAAAGAAUAUUUGCCAAAAAUCUAGUACAUGGGGCAUACCACUAGAACAUUUCACAUACAUGAAUUUCUAACUACUCACAGGAUAUACAUUUUGUAAUGCACACUGCAUUUUUAAUUAAUGAUGUUUGCGAUUGACAAUCAUAAACUCUUAAUAGAUAAGACUCAUCAACACUUUUCAGAAUUUCGAGACCCCACAGAGGCAGAAAUGAAACCUUUUGCUCUUUGUCCACUCUGCUACAAUCAAGUUCAGCCAUUCUCUGGCUUUAUAAAAGUUCCAGAACUUCAUUUCUCUGUCCGAGAUUGUGGCCAGGUAUAUAAAACAAUAUAUUCUAGCAUCCCUAAACUCAUGACUUAUUUGAAAAUGUUUCCAUGAUAAUAUUGUGCUUUUUUAUCCUAAAUAAGUAUUGCACCUUAAAUUCAUAGCCAAGGUCUGUUUUUAACCCUUAAUAAAAAUAAUUCAUAUAUUGAUAGUUUUAAAAAAACGCGUAGGAUGCUAAAAAGUAAAUAAAUUUAUUUAAAAUUCAAUGACCGAAAGCUGGCUAUGUCUUAGGUUUUUCAUUUGUCCUUUUCCUUUUAAACCAAGAUAUACGUCCAGCUUUUUAUUGGCUUAAUUGCAUGUUGCUUAAAACAGAUGGUUCUCUGGAAAGACUUUGUGACAUGCAGUAUGGGUCCUUCAUCUUUAGAGCAGCUUGUCCCUGAGUAUCUGUUUUUUGAACUACCACCACAACUGAGAUUGAAAUCAGAUGAUCUAGAGUUGCUGGACACAAAGUUAGGUCGUGGAAUGGCUGGUGCUGUACAAAAGGUCUGAGUCUUAUCUUUGAUGUUGACUGUAAUCAGUCAUUUCAUUGAUCUUAGGUAUGAGAAAUAAUAACAAAAAUAAUAUAAAACAGCUCCAACUAGGGAAAUAGUUAUCAAUAUUAUCUAAAUUUAAUAAAAUAUUGGUACAAAAAUAUUUUACUAAUAUAUCGGUACUACAAAUUUAUUUAAAAGUGAUAGAAUAGAGUUUUGAGUACAUAAAAUACAUAUAAGCCAUUGGAAUUUUCUGUCAUUGGUAAGACUUUAAUGUAGUAAGCUGUUUAAAAGGAUAAUUUUUGUAAAAAUUCAGCAACACAAAAUAUGUUUCACUAACUGCUUUUUGUUUUGUUUUUUAUUUAGGGAAAAUAUAGAGACACGGAGGUGGCAGUAAAAAUAUUUCAUACUCCAUUAAGGCCAGUGUCAUAUCAUAAGGAUUAUAUGUACCCUAAUUUAAGUGGUAUGCAAGCACAUGACGCUGCUAUUUCCAGACAAGAACAAGAUCAAAAUGAUACAGAACAGAGAAAAGUGAGCUGAAUUUUUUUUAAAUAGUUUUCAUUUGGGUUUUUUCAUCUGUAAAAGGAAAAUUAAUAGAUAGUUACAUUUAAUUACAAUGUAUUUUUAAAAAGUUGCUCAUUAUUUAAAUGCAAUCUUUAUUUUGUUAAUAAACUGUAGGGAAAGCUAGUCUGCUAGGAAAAAUCGUGGAAUGACGGGUGAUAAUGGUACCUCAAUACUUAGAUUGUACACACAAUAAAAAAAGCUUGAAAUACUAAUUAAUUGCCCUAGAUUGCAAAUAAUGAAAAGUUACUGUUGUAAAAUUAGAUUAGACUGAGCUAAUCAAAAAGGAGUUUGAUUUAACUAAUUGUAUAUUUGAUUUAUUUUAAAUGUGGAUCUAAACAUUUUUAAGCAGAGACUCAUAAUAGUCAAAUAAUUCAAAAUAAUAGUUUAUAAAAAUAUUAUGUCAAUGAUUUUAUGUAAUUUCAUCUCUAAAAAAAAAAAAUGUUUACAUUCAUUUAAACUAAUUUUUUUUUUAAAUAAAAAGAUUACAUUUAAAUUAAAAAUGUGUAGAUUAAUUCAGAUCACCAAGUGGCUACUAAAAUGUUGAGUUUUUUGUUGGUUUUUUUCAAUCCAAACACUCACAGCAUGUUUGUUAAGAUGAUAGGACUGUCAAAAUGUUUGUGUACAUCUCCUUUACUAUUUCCAAUAUUGCAAUAUCCAAACCAGUAUGUACAUAGAAUUUAUGGGACAUCCCUUAGUAUGAAAAUAAUGCAAGAUUUGAAAUCUUUUUUUUAACUGUUUACAGAAUAAGAAAGGAUACAGAAAUUGUACUUUUAUGUUCCUUAUCAACAUAAUUUGCAUGGAAUUAAAUCUUAAUCAACACUUGAGAUCUAAUUUUUAGCAAAACUAUUCCUUAGGAAUUAUGCUCAUUGUUAGGCUCUAAACAGGUCUAUUAGCUUUCCUACAAUAAUGAAACACAAGAAAUGUUUUACAAUAUUUUACUAGCUUCACAACUAAUGAUUAUGUACAAGGGAAUCUAUAAAUAGUAAUGGUACUAGUAACUUUUACAGGUGUUGUGAGAUCCACUGAGUCAAUAAAACUGUUUUUUAAAUUAAAAUUAAUUAAAUUAGCCUAUGUUGGUGUUUCUGAGAUUGUUUCAUUUAUAUAUGAUUAUAUGAUUAGUUUUUUUUUAAAUUCAGUGUUAACAUUUAAAUUAAAAAAGCUAAUAUUAUUUUAUCUAAUUUUGAAAUAACCAGAUCAGCAAUGCAUUUUCCGAUGUCCGUAGAGAAGUAAGCGUCCUCAGUAAAUUGAAUCACAAAUGCAUUGUAGCUUUCAUUGGGGUUUGUGUGAAGCCACAGUUAUUAAUUGUCAUGGAACUGGCCCCACUAGGGAGCUUAAGGUCUGCACUGAAAGAUGGCUAUGAACCAAAACCAACAGAUAAAACUAUAUCUCAUAUGGUCUUUAAUAAGGAUUUGACCUACAAAAUGAUUUUGCAGGUGAGAUCUAUAUGGUAAUUUAUUUAAACUUAAAUUGCUAAAAUACAUGUACAAGUUACAAGCUAUUUUCUUUUCUGAAAUAGAUGUACUCAGCCUAUGUCAAACCACUUUCAAUGUUUGGUCAACCAGCUUCAGUUUAUGGGCCAAACUUUCAGUGCAUAAGCCACACCUCGCAUAUAUUGUGUUAGCUAUUUACAUUUAUUUUUGGCAAAGAUAUUUUAACUAAAAAUGGAACCCUAAAUAAUAGCAUUAUUGAAACUAAGGUAAUGUAUAGUUUAUCAGGGGAUGUCAUCUGUACUUUGUCCACCUCCAUACAUUUAAUAGUAUUUUAUAAAAUUGUCCCUUCAGAUUGGGUGUGGCCUUGCCUAUCUUCAUGGCAGCAAUAUUAUUUACCGAGAUCUGAAGCCAGACAAUAUUCUUCUCAUGUCUCUUGCGAUUGAAGCCCCUAUCAAUGUAAAACUCUCUGACUAUGGAAUUUCUAAGUUUGCAACAGCUCAGGGUAUCAGUGGUUUGUUUGGUACUCCAGGUUACAUGGCACCAGAGGUCAUGGCCAAACAGGCUUACACUAGUAAGGUAAAAACAGUUUUUAUAUUUCCUGUUUGUUAAAGAUUACAAUUUCCUUUUCAUCAUUAGUGCCUAAUGCGCAAAUGUGACCGGGGGGGGGGGGGGUGUCUCUUGUCUUGGCCUCUUCAUGUAACCCAACCUCAUCUACAAUGUGGGAGGAGAAAUGGAACACUAACCAAUGCUUAAUUUUAUAUAAAAGUGUAUAUGUAUUAUAAGAUAGCACAAUUUUAACUUCUUAAAAAAAAAAACUAUGUUUAGGUAUGAUUAAAAUUCAUUUAAAUACACCAAUGCCAAGCUUAUCAGAUAACAAAGAAAAAAAUUUCUUGGAAUUAAACUGCAUUUCUUUGAAAUUGUUUGAUUUUGCUUGAUAGGUAGAUAUCUACUCAUAUGCCAUUGUGAUGUUAGAGAUCUUGACAGGAAUAUCACCACUGAGUCGUGAACAAAAGCCAAUGAUUUCCAAGAUGUUGCAAAUGGCUUCAGAGAAUACUGUACCUCCUCAGAUAAAUGUAAGUCUUUUGUUGUAGAUAAUCUACAAAGAGAGGAAGUAUUAACAAUAUGUAUUUGUAUUUCCAAACAGAAAGAGCUAACUAAAAUUAUAGGUGGGAUGUGUCAGUAAUAUAAGUAGGCUAACUGUCUGAGGAUCAAAUCCUAGAAGCACCAAACAUCAAAACCAGUCAAUUUGCUGCUUAAGUCAGUCCUAUGUCUCUGAUGAUCUGUUUUAUUUGUGAGUUACAGCCUAUUUAUAAAUGCCUGAAUUUAAUUUAUUCUAGGGCUACAAGAUCCAGUGCAAUUUCCCAUACCUAGAAUUUCUGAUGCCUGAAUGCUGGAGUCGAAACGUGGAUGAUCGACUAACAGCCCAAGAGAUUAUCAAGUUGAUAAAAGCUGAUCAGUUUUUACUUCUCCAUGACAGUUUAUGGUUGAAUAGACGUAGUUAUAAAGUUUCCUGCAUGUACGCUUGUGAGGUAUACCUUUUAUAAUUUAUAGCAAUAGAUAUUUCAUCUUGACACCAUUGCUUCUCUUAUAUAAAGUGCAAGUCACAUAGAGUUUAAACAAAGUAUAGUUUUCUCUCUGUUGUGUUCAAAUUGUUUUCUUCUUCUUCUUCUAUAUCUUAAGGGCCCACGAUCAAUUUAUUGAUCAUUUUGGCUCCUAUGCAUGUAGAUGGGAUUUGCCAUGUUUCUGUUACUGGUGGUGAUGAGGAAAUUAUGCGCUAGGGGUUUGAAGGCUUGAGGCAAUAGACACAAAUGUGUCUAGUGUUGUCGCCUCAACUGUUCCUUUUGAAAGAUGGUUCCAGUCCCUGAUUGUCUUGGGCAGGAAUGGGCAGCUCCUAUACUGGCUUCUUGCUGGUUUUAUUUAUAUGCUGAAAAUAUACCAUGCCAUCAAAAAACAUUUCCAUUUGUCUUGAUCAAUAAAAGAAUCUUAUCUUAAUGAUGAUCUUGCUAUUUUUAUCAGAAAUAUCUUUCAAAAGAUUAAAUAUAUAUCUGUGCCUAUAUUCCCUGCUCCUGUUAUCUUUCCCCACCCCCCUUUUUUUUCUCUAUUUACCCCACUAUAUUUGGACUCAUUUUUUCACUAAUAUUCUCUGAAAACAAUUACGUUUUAAGGUUUCUAUCCUGAUUCCAAAUUUUAAUAUUUUUUAGACUGUUGGUCGAUGGAAUAUAUGGAUAUGUGAAAGUGGACAUUCAGAAGUGAGAACUUUCAGCGUGUAUGAUGUUGAAACAUCUUGUUUUACAGUCAACAGAUGGCCAUCAAAUGGGAAUAAAAUUAUAUCUAUGGCUAAAGUUGGAACUAAAAUUUGGCUGGCAUGUCAGGUAUUUGAUUGAUACAAAAUAUAAAUAAAAUAAUGCUUUGGUUUUUAAUCAUGCUUUACACAAAUGCAUAUUUUAUCUUUUAUUUUAAUUAAUGGUCAUAGUCAGUAAUAAGUUAAUAACAUUACUACUAGAUCCCUGUUUGGUCAAAUGCAAAACUUUUUUUGGCAUGAACUUCAAGAAGAAUUGAAUACAUACUCAAGUAGAGGAAACAAUUUCAUUGUUAUGAAUCAUGAACUUUGAUCUUACUAUCCUUAUUAUUAAGGAUAAAUCUAGCCAGUAUUUGACUAAUAGUAAUAAUGGAAUCAUUAAAGUUUUUAGGUUCUAAUCUUUAUUACCACAAACAUUUAAGCUAGUUCUCUAAUUUUGAUUGAAGCAAUCAUAAUAUUUGCCUUACAGUUAGCUUUAGUCUUCUAAAACAUUAACAAUAUACCAUCACUCUGUUGUAACUGAAGUAAACUUUGCAUAUUCUUAGGCCUAUAUCUGAACAUAGCAAUACUACUUCCCUUGUUUAAACUAGCAUAAUAUAUCAUCCUAUAUCUGAACAAAUAAAACUUUCCUCUUUUAAACUAGCAUAAUUUAUUAUUAGUUGAAUCACUUAUUCUACCAAGUUGGUCAAGAAAAAUAUAACUACUGAAGUAAACAUUUAAUCUGGCAGGGUCAGAAGAAUUUAGAGACCAUAGGAAGAGGCAGUCAGAGCAACUUGGAGCUAAGUUCUGGACUCAAUCUGGAUGCUGAGCCUCUAAAAAUUUUUAACCACAAAUUUGAAACAGCAGAG